UUAAUUUUAAAUCAAAGUUAAAAUUUAUUUGUAAAUAAGUUUUUUAGUACAUAAUGGAUGAAUGGGAGUCGGUUGUAAAAAGUUAUCAGGAAAGUAGCGAUCCCAAAAACAUUACGAAAGUUUUGAAGAGUGCUGAGAUUGUUCUUCUUGAAGAUUUAGCUUCAUUUGAGACAGAAUGGUUUCUCUCAACUCUUUUCCGGCAACCUAUAAAUCUCUUAAAUAAAGUGUCUGAACAACGUCUCAAUAAUGAUUGGAGCAAAUUUACAAUAAACUCGUUUAAAUUAAUCGGUGACAUUGUCACUAAAUAUGAUAGUGCUGUUAUAUAUUAUGAAGACAUUGUCACGCUCUGCCUCUUACCAUAUGACGCUCAAACUCGACAACAGGCUCUGUCAUGUCUCACAAGUGUGGUCACCCGGUCGCCAUUGGGGGCCAGGGAUUUGAACCAACAUUUGAUCGCCCUCGAAAUGGCUACCACAUGUAAAGCGCCACUUGCGGUGUUAAUUGGUGCAAUAUGUGAACACCACCCGGAUGUGGUCGAAGCGCAAAUGACAAAUAUAUGGAGAGUGUUCCUCAACUUACUGGAUUCGAACAAACACACAGUGACCGUCAUAAAAGCAGUGCUUGAAGGUAUAAUGGGACUCUUCAAGUAUUUCGAGAUGGAAUUGCCGACGAUGGAACUUAAUACAUUCUACGACAAGCUCGUCGGCUUCCUCGAUCUGCCGAGAUGUGAGACAACGGUGCUGUCGCUGCUGCAGCGCCACGCGCGGCUGUUCCGCGAGCGCGUGUGCGCGUGCGCGCGCGUGCGCGGCGCCGUGCGCGCGCGGCUGCGGGGCGCGGGGCGCGGGCGCGCGGGGCCGGCGCUGCGGGCGCUGCACGCCGCCGCCGCGCUCGUGGCGGACGACGCUCUGUUGCAGGUUACGUCCGAUAGAUAUAUAUGUCCGGGUCCCUUGGACGUUCCGUCGUAUGAAGCGUGUCUAUAA